GGGACAUCCGUGCUGCAGUUGCUGAGCACAGCAGCAGAGUUGCUGCAGCAGCAGCAGCAAAGUCAGGAGACCCUGCAUUAAGCUGGGUGCUGAAAGUGUCUCCUCCCUGCAGCAGACAAAGAGAGACAGCUGAUGAUGCUGCUGUUGUCUACUGCCGCAAGACCUCUGAGCUGCUGUCUCUGUCUCCGAUGCAGCACAGACAUUCUCUUAAUUUGCAAGAAGAUAUACUCAGUCCGUCAGUGCUGCGACUUUUUAACAGCAGUUUUGACUUCCAAAGCUUUGAGAGAGACUUAAUACCUCAUCUCCUUAAACAAACCCUCAGACUAGACACUGUAUACUGCUAUAUUCUUGAAGCGAAGGCCCCGAGCAUCAGCAUUAGCAGCCUCAACAGCAGCAGCAGCAGCAGCAGCAGCAGCAGCAGCAGCAGCAGCAGCAGCAGUCCAACGUAUCUAUACACCGCACGAAGCCCUAGAGGCUACCAAUGCAUGCAGCGCGAUGUCUUAGAGCGCUGGGCAUUCCCAGUGACGCCUGACUCGCAUGCGCUGCAAGGUCAAGAGUAUUUGAGAUAUAGAGGCAACGGCGUCUAUCAAGCUUCGAGUGUAUCUGCAGGUGUAGGGGGUCGCCUGGGGCCGCUCGUCUCUGUUGGAGGAGACAGCUGCAUCGGCGAGGAGACAGAAAUUAGAGACAGCGUCGUAGGGCGCUGCUGCAGCAUAGGACGCUGCUGCAGCAUCAGCGGCUCUUUGCUGCUGGAUGGGGUCGUUGUUGAAGACAAUGUGUGCAUUAGAGACAGCUUUAUUGCUGCUAAUUGCGUUAUUAAAAAGGGUGCAUGCAUUAAUAGAGGCUGUCUCCUUGCUGCUAAUGUUACAGUUGGUCAGCAAGUUGUGCUGCAGCCCUACACCCGCUGCUGCUCUACUACUGCACCUGCGCUGCAGCAGCAGCAGCAGCAGCAGCAGCAGCAGCAGCGGGAAAACGCCUCUGUCAAGGCAGAAACUGCGGCUGCUGCAACGGCCAAUACAUCAGCAGCAGCAGCAGCAGAAGGAGCAGCAGCAGCAGCAGCAAAUGCUUCCCUAGGGCCUGAUGGCUGCGGUGUUAUAUACAACAAUUUGCUGCAGUCACCGAAGGAGACAGAAGCAUGCAGCAUUGGGGUCUCCGUGCUGCCGCGCAUCCGUCUCCCUCUUCCUAAAUUCGAUGCUGAUGAUGAUGAUGAGACGGGGGCCACAGGUGUAGCAGUGAGUGUUGCUGCUGCUGCUGCUGCUGUUCAUCAAGAGCUGCAGCAGCAGCAGCAGCAGCAACAGCAGCAGCAAAAGGUUGUUUCUUGCGUGUUUUUGCUGCAGACAGAGUCUUGUGUAUCGGAUGCAUGCAGCAGCAUUAGCGACAGUGAUAUGCCCUCAGGCGCACCCCGCACCGGCCAAGAGGAGGAGGGUUUUGCUGCUGAGAUAGCAGCAAUGUGUUUAGAGGCGCUGCGACAGCCGCAGCAGCAGCAGCACAAAAUCUUAGAGAUGAAGGCAUAUCGCUUAGCCUGCAACAAAACAGACAGUGAUGUCGCUGAAGUUAUAUUCAAGACGCUGCUGCAGCAGCUAGCAAUGGUUGCUCCCAGAAGCAAACAAGGUUGGAGCGACUAUGUUGCAUCUCAUCGCUGCAGCUCUUUGCUGUCUCCUUUCUUAGCAGCAGGCGGCAGAGACAGUCUGUCUUUGUUUCUGUUGUGGGGUGAGGCUUUAUCUUUUUGUGCUGCUGCUGCAGUUAAUUAUACAACAGCUGAAGGCGAGGAAGCAACAGCAGCAAACCCUUUCGAGGGCCCACGAGGAUUCUGCGAAGCAGCAGAGCUGCUGCAUGCAGCAGAUAUAUUUGAUGUAGAGACAUCUCUCCCCCAGUGGGCUGCUGCUGCUGCUGCUGCUGCUGCUGCUGCUGCUGAUGCAGCAGGUGGAGCAGCAGCAACAACAACAACAGGCACAGGAGCAACGAAGACUGCUCCUGCUGCUGCUGCUGCCAACGGUGCAGCACCAGCAGCAGCAGCAGCAGAUGGGGAGGAUGCAACAGCAGCAGAAGCAGCAACAGUAGCAGCACAAAGCCUGAAAGGGUUAUCUUCUGCUGCUGCUGUGCUGCCCUAUCUACAAAACCCUCGGCUGCAAGCAUUCAUACAGUGGCUCGAAGAAGAUGUUGAUGAGUCGCAGGAGACGGGUGUCCCGCCGCCUAAAGCCACCAACAGCAGCAACAGCAGCAGCAACAACAGCAGCAGCAACAACAGCGACGGCGAUAGCAGCAGCAGCAACAGCAGCAGCAACAGCAGCAGCAGCAGCAGCAACAGCAGCCACAGGGACCUUGCUGCGCCACUAUCGAACCGUUUGUUGAACGACGUGUCUUUCAGUGCGGCAGCAGAAGCAGCAACAGCAGGAACAGCAGCAGCAGCAGCAACAGCAGCAGCAGCAACAACAACAGCAGCAACAACAGCAGCAGCAGCAACAGCAGCAGCAGCAGCAGAAAGAGCAGCAAGAAAAGUAGCAUCAGCAACAGAAGCAACAGGAGCUGCAGCGCGAGCUGCAGCCUAUAUCUCCUGCCUUCCCUCCUGCACAAUGCUGGGGCCUUUAUUAUCCGCUCGUCGUUUUUUGUCUCCUUCAUCAUGCUGCAGUCUCCUUUCACGUCAUACAGCAGCAGCAGCAGCAGGAUCAGGAUCAGCAGCAGCAGCAGCAGCAGCAGCAGCAGCAUCAGGACAACGAAGGGGAUAUGUGCACUUCUCAAGAGCGUUGCCUGAAGACUAUGAAUUGCCUGUCGACACGAUGCCUAGCGAUAUUAAGAAGUUAUUGUCGUCAGACUUUAAACAGUUAAACUUCAUCGACAGCUACUGGUACUGGAGGCUGCGAGCUGAGGCCUCGCUGCUCAGCCCCUCAUCGCUUGUUAACAAAUCUUAUAAACAAAUUGCACGGGACCUCGGCUUACAAGUUGUGUCUGAAGAGAAUGAGCAUAUGGUUGGUGUCUUAGAGUUAUAUGAGUAUUUAAAGACUGCUCCUUUCGUCGGGCCUUUCGGCACUGUAGAGAACCCCGUACUCGUACCCUCUGUGCACACAGAAAGACGGCAAAGACCCCUUUCCUAUAGACCCAGAUCACUCGGCAACAAGGUGCCUGAGAAGUUAGCGGAAGACUUGAAAGCCAUUGACAGAAACCCUCGAGAGAAGGUUUAUGAUAUUUAA